AUGGAGUUUGUGGGACAGCCGAGACCUGCCAGGGCCUGCAACCUCCUGGGAGUGCCGGGCCCCAGCUUGGUGGAUUUGGACGAUGAUGAAGGUGAGAUUGUGAUAGGCAUCAGGCCUAAAUCUUCUCCUCUCCCGCGAAGAAAAAGCUCUCUGAGUGACGACGACUCAGAACCCAUGCCGCCCCUGAGUGGAUCCAGGAGAGUGUCAUUUGCAGACGCCAAAGGCCUCAACUUGGUGCAAGUGAAGGAGUUUGACAUUUGGGAUAUACCUAAGCUGCCAGAUUUUGACUCCAGUGAGGGCAGAGACAAAGAUUUGGAGGAAUACUCUAUAACUUCCCACAACUUCUCACCUCUUUUGCCUUCUGAGGAGCUGUUCGCCAAAGUCCGAGAUCAGAAAUUGGAGCUUGAAUCGAUUGAGUUACUCCCAGGGACGACAAUACUGAGAGGGGUGAUCCGUGUCCUCAACAUCUCGUUCGACAAGAUGGUGUACGUUCGAACCACUUUGGACUCCUGGUCCACCCACUUUGACCUCUUGGCAGAGUACAUCCCUGGUUCCAGUGAAGGUCUGAUGGACUGUUUCUCAUUUAGACUCACCUUAGUUCCUCCAUUUGGGGAGCAGGGAGCCAGGGUGGACUUCUGUUUACGGUACGAGACUCCAUUUGGGGCGUUUUGGGCCAACAAUAAUGGCGGGAACUACGUGCUGUUCUGUAACAAGAGAGCUAAAGAGGAGACGGAUAAACCACAGCAGGAAAGUGCGAAGAAGAAAGGCUGUCUUAAGAUUGUUAGGUGAGGAUAUACACAUUUUUUACUGGUAUGAACUUGAAGAGGUCAGUUGUGAGGAUGUUUUUUAGACAAAAUUAAAUGUAUUUUAUUUGAGGCCUAAUGUUGAAUAGAAACAUCAAAAUGUGCAUGUGAGUAAAUGGUAAGUUUGUUGAGGUCUACAUCUUUCUACUUGAAAUAACUGUUUCUCUGUGAGCGGUGGAAAUAUUUUCCUACUUUUCUGCCGAGUCACAUACCUCUGCAGUCAAAACUGGAUAUUUAUGAAUGGAAAAACAAAAGUCAAACAAAAUACGCAAUAUGGAUCGUCACAUUUUACACUCAUGAUCCAUGAUCAUCAACCUUGUUGCCGUGUGUCAUUCAUUGAUUGAUGAAAGUCAGGAAAUAUGCGUUACAACAGACACAUAGAUUAAGUUUGACUGUUUGUUGUUUUAUUGAUCGACAGUCAGAACUUCUUCACUGUGGAAAACUUUUCAGGAAUGGGAGCGUCAUUUCAGGAAAAUAUCAAAACAGGUGAAUACCUCCUUUACUGGUUGUGAAUUUAAGUGGAAAACUAAGAAAUUAAAAAAAAGUUGUAGUGCAGCUUGAAUAUCACUCUCAUGUCCAAUUUGUGUCUCCAGAUGUGUCAAAACAAGGAGAGGAAGCCGAGACUUUGAAGGCCAAGCGAAUCUUUGAUGGUCAGUCAGGAACUUUAGAGGAAGAUGAUCAGAAAAUACCGGUGAGUGAGUGAGUGAGCGAGUGAGUGAGUGAGUGAGUCACAGUCGUUCAGUUUGCUCAAACCUUCUAGUGUAGUCAUCCAAGGCCAAUUCAAUGCAUUUGUCUUUGCAUCUCAGGAGUAUUAUCUGACACGGUUAUAUUUAAGUUACCGUGACUCAUGAGGUACUCUAGACUAUUUAAAUGUCAGUAUCUCUUCUCCCUGGAUACCACUAAGUGCUUUGUGCAGAAUGGAGAGUUAUUUGUCAGUGAAAAGAAGCACCAUCAUCUGUCUUUACAAGAGGAGCAGAAACAUUAACACGACCCCGGUGCAAGAAUGUCACAUGACCUGGACUUGAGCAGCACCAGUGUAACAUAAUGUACUGUACACCUAAAGGACACUUUGUGCUCUUCCAUGUCCUGCAAACUGGAGUUUCUUAAAUGUCGCUAUGCAUGCUUAUUUAUUUGUCAAAGUUUGUGUGUUUAUAUUUGUGUGAAAUGCAGGCUGAGCAUUUUACUGUGUGUCAUGCAUCUUUGAAUAUCGACUACUUCUCAUGACUACUGUGUGUCCUUUGUUGUUGAUGAACAGACGAAGAGCAGACGGAACUGCAGCCGAAGGAAUCGUCGAAAAGCUGCACGCAUGGCCCGAGUGAGGGAGUACUUUUCUGAAAGGAGUGGAGUAAAUAACCCUGAGAAAGAAGAUUUGUGGUCAGAGGUCAAACAAACCGCUGGAGAGGAACUGCCGUCAGAUGCAAAGUCCCUUUCUGAGUGGAGCAGCAGAGCAGAAGAUUCUAGGUUUGUGUCUGGAUCAGUAGAAACAAACAGCGAGUCCCUCACUGACGUUCUCCAGGAUAUGUCACCAGCACAUGACUACACCUCCAGCAGCCAGGCAGAGAAAUCUGAGAUCAUCAGUUUGGCUGACUCACCAACAUUAAAAGGAGGUGAGAGCGCCUCAGAUAUCCCAGAUGACAUUUUGAAUUCAAAAGAUGAAUACCAGGACAUCAACAAGUCUGUCUAUGAAGCUGUAGAAAGCAGAAAGGACGAAGACGUGUGUCAGGAAUGUACAAACGACUUCACACCUGAAUCUCUGGACAGUUUUGUCUCAGCAGUGAGCGGUGAAAGCCUUGGUAGCGGGUCAAAUAGCGUCACAUUUGGAACUGUGGUGGCACCGCUGUAUCACCAGGCGUUUGGCAGAGCUGGGACUGAAAGUGAAGGCACAGCUGAUUUGGGAAACGCAUCAAAAGAUACACUGAAUAUUUGCCCUGAAAAACAAGUAACCAGAUGCACUGCUACAACAGAUACUAGUGAAAGCACUGACGCUGCUAAGGGAAAUAUGAACAAGGUUCGUGAAAGCUUAGAUGCUUUUCUGAGAAGUUCCCCCAUGGAAGAAGACGAAACAAGCCUCAGUACGACACCACAGGACAUCCUGAACCGUGCAGAAAGUCUGCAGGUUCCCAAUGAGAUUACAUAUUCAAACCAAAGGAUUCCAGCAGAAGCAGAUCCAAACGCUGUUUACAGUUUAAAUACAGAUGUGUUGGACACGCUAAUAUUAGCUGGGAGUUCAGAUCUCCAGGGAGAAUCACAGGAAGAGACUCUAACCCGUGACCUCCGAAGCCAAACCACAGAAGAAAUGGCAGAGGCUCAACCGUCAGAGCAAACAAGUACACAAGUCAAAACUAAUCCAGAUGAAACACACGCACAACCCGAAACCAAAGAAACCGUGACAAGUUUAGACACUUUUGGUGAAUCAGAGCGUUUUAAUCAUGAGACAGGACAACAAACCAGCAGGAGGGGCGAGACGGAAGAAAACAUCAGCAAAACACUGACCAGAUCAGCAAGAAUCGACGUCAAAGUUUCAGAAACUUUACACGACUUGAAUCUUAACUUCAUUAAUAAUUCAGACGGUAAAAGCGCUGUAGAAAGUUACGACUCUUGUUUGGAAGCGUUGCAGGGAAAGGAUGUCACAACAUGUCAGUUAUCUCUCAAAACUAAGAAAGAAACUUACGAUGCGGUAGAAGCAAACAAAGUGGCGAACAGCACGAAAGAAGCUGAGUCACUCGUGAUGAGAAGUGAUCGUCACAUACGUGGUGAUAUAAAUGUAGAAACGGAGGGAGGAGACACUCCAAAACAAGAAGAAAUGAGUGGUUUAGGAAAAAUAGAGCACCACAAUCUGGCAGAGUUUUGUUCUGCAGAUGUUACUGUGGUGAAAAACUGGGAAAUGAUGGUUGAAGAAGAGGAGAUAAACAUACUAACAUAUGAGGAGGAAAGUGAGGGGAUAAGCAUCCGAGCAGGAGACAUCGAGGCAGUAGAAGAGGACCACAUCGAACAGCUGUGGGAUGUCGUGAAGGAGAUGACGUCAGAAAAUAGAGAUACAGCAGAAGAGGAAGAUGAGAAAACACAUGAUGAAGAUGUGCAGGAGAGAGGGGAGGUAGAAAAUGAGGCUGAAGCUGUAGAUGUUUCAGAGGACAGAGAGGAACAGAUAGUGGAGGGUGUUAAAGAUCGGGCCAGAAAAAUGGAGGAGACAGAACUAACUAAGAGGACUGAUCCAGAGAGUAAAGACGAUCCUAAGGAGAAAGAACAAGAUUUUCCUAAGAUAGAAGAAGUUAAUUUUGAGAGGACAAAUAUUCAAGAGGAAGAGGAGAUAGAGAAAGUAGAAGAACGACAUUUGAGCUUUGAGGAGGAGGGUUUGGAGAAUGAGGGGGUAAAAAGAAAAAGGGAAAAAACACAAGAGAAUCCAGAUAACACAGAGACGAGCCAAAUCAUUGAUGCAGGAGAUAAAGGGUCAGAGAACAUGAGGGAAGAGGACAGGAAAAAUGUAGCUGAGUGUUUUGAAGAUAGGUCAGAAAGUUCACAAAUAGAGGUCGAGGAUGAUUCAUCUGCUCUAGUGAACAAUGUGCCGGAAACUAGAGAUACCGAAAAGGAAAAUGCAAGAGAAGCACAAUCUUCACACAUCCAAAGUGAACCUUAUACAGAGGGAGAGUUUCAGACGAAUGAGGGUGUUGAACGUGUUUCACCAAAAGCUGAUAGAGGUGAGAGUCAGUCCACUUUUGCAGGCGAAGGCUUGUGCAUUUUCGACAACAAACCAGACAAUGAUCAAACAGGUCUGGAUGACGCCGCUUCGUCUGAGUCAGACUCAGACGAUGAGGUGGAGUUGUACAUGCACUGUCUGAGGGCCGUUCACACCGGCGCACAGGCCGCCAAAGACGGGAACAAAGACGCAGGAUUUGGUAUGAGCAAAAAGCCGUCUGUAAACAGAAGCAAACUACUGUCCACCCCGAUGCCCUCCAUCACUGAGUCUGUGGAUGAAGAACAAAACUUCAGCUGCCUUCAGGAUGACAUUGCAGACACAGAAACACUCGACUUCCAACCCACGGCUGCUCCUCCGGCUGCUGCAGGUGAACAGAAAAACAUCAGCGGGAAAAUGUCAUGGUGGAAGGAGACUUUUUCCUGCAGGAACAUCGGAAAAGCAUUGUUAUACGCUACAUCAAUCCUGGUAUUUUUAGUCGUGGCCUACCAUUAUGACUUUCUUGCCUGUUUUGGGCUCUAUUUAGUAUCCCUGGUUUGGCUCUGGUUUCAAGGAGAGAGGCCGACAGUGAAACACAGCAAACGAAUAGGAUGAAUUACAACUUUAUACUUUAUGUUUUCCUUUUUUUGACACUGACUCAUUGUAUGUGGUAAAUUAGAAAACAAUAGGGCUGCAUGAUAUCCACGAGGGUCACUAGGUUUAGUAGAUUUAAAAUCAAAUGUUUUUACCAGUGACGUACAGUGAGCUUCAUGGCUGGUGAGGCACUGAGUUCAUCGCAAUCAGAUUUUUAAACAUGUGAACCCUACACAGCAGCUUAUUAACCACUGGAUUGGCAGCAGUAAAGGGGUUAUCUUUCUUUACACGAACAAACUAGCACACAAAAAAGCACAUAUUAUGGUCUUACCUUUACUGAUACAUGAUGCGUACCUCCUGCUUGGAUUAAAAGUCCAGUUUAGAAAACUGCUUGAGUUUAGAUUAGUAAUCCUCUAUUUUGAAAGUAAGGCCAGAGGAGAGGAAAAAAUAAAUGGAUGGCUGCACUUGACUUGCUAACUGGUUGAUUGUAGAUUGUAGUUUGCUGUGUCACUUACUCUGCAGUCGAGAAGUCGCAAGAGGAGUCACUGGGAUCACAAGUGCCCCCUACUUUGAGGCAGGAGAACUGCAUGCCUCACUUAGUGCCUUUUUGCAGUCGUUUUAUGAUUGCUCAGCACAGGAAACAAGUCACACAUAUUCGAUUGUUGACACACACACACACACACACACACACACACACACACACACACACACACACACACACACACACACACACAAAAAAAACACUGUAUGUUGUAUACAUCAGCUAAACUGUGAAGAUUUAGUUCAUAUGGCUAAAGUGUUUGAAUAUUUUAAUUACGACAUACAGAGAAAUAGCAAUACGGUCUCACUGCACAGCAUACCAGUACAAUUUGCUGAGUCAUUGCGCAAUCCAUGGUGAGGAUUGCUGCUGCCUCACCCCACGUCACGUCUCAGUAUUUGAACAGUAAAUGCGAAAACUCAAAAAAAUAAUCAAAAACUGUUGAAGUUGAAUGAAAAAUACCUUUAUAGUGCAAAUCACUAGAUUAAUAUAAUCAUUUGAUUAAUCUUUUCAUUUUAUAUUUUUUUUCUUUCCGUGAUGACAAGUGAGGCACGGCCUCUCCUUCUUUCCCUGAGUGCACGUCACUGCUUUUUUUUUUUACUAUAUUAGAUAGGCACGACUGCUGGCUAAUAAGAGACAACAAAGUACUAAGUAAUGGUCAAAGUAGCUAUGAGUAUUAAUGGGCAUUGGUGUGAAGCACAUGAGAGUUCUCUAUAUUCCCUAUGGGAGGAUGCUACUCUCUGUUGUCAAGAGUGAUAACUAGGUUUUUUAUGCUUUAAUGUACAUAAAAGCACAGUGUGUGGACUCACGUUAUGGACCAUUUCUCACAUUGAUCACCCCUGCACAGAGCUGCAUAUGAAGCUUAAUGCAGGUGUAAAUAAAAAAUCAUCAGUGUGGCGUGUGUGUGUUUGUGUGAAGGUUAGAUUUACUGUGAAGUCUGGGUCAAAUAAAUUAAAAUGAACAACUUUUUGUUGAAUGAUUUUUUAAUGUUUUCUGUGUUUACAGUAGAGGACUUGCUUUUUUAUAACAUUGGUUGUUUUUUUAAGUCAGAAAACUAAUGAGCAUCUGCGUUAAAAAGUGGGCUGAUGAGGAGGUCUGCCUGAUGGAACCAUGAGAUUGACAUAGAGCUGCAAACCAAGCAGAUGUUUUGACACAUGAAUAAAACGUCUGUCCAGUCUCCACAAAUGACAGAUGGUGUUGUGGUUGUGAAACAGACACUUAUGGAAAGUUCUAGGAUUCUUGAGUCUGUGUUCAUAUGUUUUCUGUUUUCACCCCUCUUCCUCCACUCUGCUUCUAAAUAACAUAGCUUAACUUUUAGCAAAUUGUGUUUUAUCUAUGUUUGUUAGCCCAUCACUUAGCAAUAAACUCUAAAUAUUAAGUAUUACACAAAGUACUGCUCGUGGUUCUACAAGAAAUGACAGGGGAUCUGACUCAAAUGAAAAUAAAUGCAGGUUGUUUUAUUUCUUCUUAAAGUCUGCAGGUUAGGAGUAGAUCACAGUGAUAUUAGAGAUCACACACAAGUGCCAUCAGGGGAAGUUUGUGAGAGAUCUGUGGCUACAGUAGAACUCUACAAAAACCCACAUCCGGAUCCUGACCUUAUUGUUUGGGUUCUUAUGUGGUGAAAUGUUUGUUUUUUUCGUUUUAAAAUCUUUGGCUGCAUUCUGAUCAGUCCUGGUAUUCUGUUAUCAGCACUUAUCAGUGUCAAAAUAUGUUUGGCAUCAUUUUGACCUACAGAAGUAUUAACCUGGGCUUUCAUACCAUUUAGUUGUCAUGUAUUAGACUUCGAGUGGUAGCUUUAGAAUCAAUAUUGACACUUGGACAAACAGUCAAGGGUGGAAUAAAAGCCAGAAGUGUUCAAAGAUUGUGCCUUACAGUCAAGGGGUUCUUUUCUUUUACUUUGAGACAACAAACCUUUUAAUUUCACUCACAACUAACAACUUAAAAAUUAAAGAGGAACGCGGAGCUGGUUGUGUUUUUGUCAUGCUGUCCUAAAUUUCAGUCUAUGACCAAAAAAAAAAGUCUAUUUAGGCUCUCUUCUGACAGCUGGAUUUUUACUGUUUGAGUGUUAGAAUGAAUGGACAGAGAGUCACAUCAAGACAGUUUUAGCAUUCAUCCUGCUUUGUUGAACUUUGGCUUUUGGUUUUUCAGCUGAACACAGCUGCAGUAAUGUUCUUGCCAGGGGAUUUCCAGCUAGUCCUCUGUGAGGAUUACCACUCUCUUUUCUGAGAUGAACAGUUUUAGCAAGCAGAAAAAAAACAUGACAACAUUUUAGACAGCUGAGGGGAACGUCCAUCUCUGCACAAAAUGCACAUUUUAUGUAGUUUGCAGGGGGUUAUCUAGGUGUUCUUUUCACAACAACCUUUUCCCCAUGAACUUGAAUUCUGAGUUAUUUCUUCAUCUGGUCUCUCAAUCUUUCUGAGGUUGUAAAUUAGGCCUUCAACCAUUAUAAUAUGGCAGAGCAAUUGGAUAUAUGGUUAAAACUAUUUCUAUCAGGAUGGUUAUAUAAUUUGUUUACGUGUUAACAUGAACGUUGUUUGGAGUAGCAUGAUUGCUGUUUGGAGUAGCGUGAUUGCUGUUGCCUUUGCAACAACACCCAAGAGUACAAACAUAAUUAAUUUUUAUCAGCUGUGCAGGUGGAGCCUAUUUUGGCUUCAUAUUAUCAGAGCAUGUUGGCUGAACCUUACACCGAUCCCUCUACAUAUUCUGAUAACAUUAACAGUAAUAUUUAACAGUGAUCAACAGCUUCUGCACACAGCAGAUACAUAAAUAUCUUUGUUUUUAAAUGGACAGAUGUCCAUCUGAAAUCUAUCAGGACCUAUAUUUUGGGAGUAAGUGCAAUUAAAAGCACCGAGAGGGAAGAAAUCAACUCUUAAAGCCUUUAUUUUACAGUUGCUGUACAGAGGAAAUAUAGAAGAAUUUUUCAAUUUCUUUCAACAAAGAGUUCCAAUGAAAUUACUGUUAAUUAUUUAAAUUAAUACAUUUUUCCAUUCAUGAUAUAUGACAAAAUAUGUGGUUUAGGAAGGCUUUAAUUAAUUAUGUGUUAAAAGAAACUUUAACCUAGAUUCAUGAUAUAUAUUUACAUUAAAAAGUACCACGGUGCAUAAAGCUUCAGCUACAGUUCAAAAGGAACAAUGAUGUUACCAUCAUGUGCUAUGCGUUAUUUUUGGAAUAGAGGGAUAAUUAUGUUCUGGUAGAGGGUUUCGAAGAAUUUAUGAAUGACGGCUGGUCAAUGCAUUUGCGAAAGCAGCUAAUGUGACCCUGUGUGAAAUUGGAUCCACAGUCAAGACAAAGUCAUGCGGUCUUUGAGCGACAAGAUAUCUUUCUUUAAAGCUGUUCAGGUUUUCAUGGCUGCAGGAGUCCAACUCAAAGGAAAUGAAGAGGUCAUUGUGAAGGCAGAUUGAUUUUAAUGUCAAACAAAAAUGGGUUUAUUACACUUCUGUUAUUUUCCGCACUUUGUUGUACAAGCCUCUUGUACAUCUUUUUUUUUUUUUUUUGGGGGGGGGGGGAUGUUUUGAAGCUUCAAACGAAGGCAGAAACUCAAGUGAUCCUGUGUGUUGUCACUCAAACCAAACUAAGUAUCUCUAUAAACUCCAAUCUUCAGUUUAUUUGAAUCUACAAUUAUCUUGUUAACUGUUUUUGUUAGCUUUUUUGUGAUUGAAUUUGCAUUUAAACACCAAAGAAUCUUAAAACUGACUGUAAACAGUGAAGAUCUUAAAAAUUGGUUCAAGUAAUCAUUUAUUUCUGUUGUUGUGUAACAGUUAUUUUGAAUGAAAUAGCCUACUGCUACAAUAGACAACCUUUAUUUCAGACCGUGCAACCUGGAGCAUUUAAACUUUAAGGGUGCAUAUCUAUUCAUGACUUCCACAAAAAACUCAUACUAACAAGAAAUACUAUGUCAAUCCUUAACAAUUACAGCUCUAGUUAUAAAAUAUCUAUAACAAACUGUUGUAUUUGUACAUGGUGUCAAAAUAAUUUCAGGAGUGUUAGGAUUUACAUUAUGUACUUGAACGCUCCACAACGUGCACUCAGCAUAGACAUAAUAUACGUAGACGCCUCAUAGACUGAUGCUGCCUGUUGGAGCUCACAUAUCAGCGUGGCCACCAUCUUGGAUGGGUCACCCUUGCGGCCCUAGUGCGUUUAUUUCUAAUGAGGAAGAUAGGAAUGUCCAACUCAUAGACUGUAUACACUAUGGACAACUUCGUUCCUCCCGCCAGUCUACGGAUUUGAAGCCAAAAAGGCUCUUGGUAAUUCAACGUUUUCUCUCCAUUUCCUGAAACCAACAUUGCGCAGUAGCGUUGUACGCAUUCAACUGGAGAGUUGCCGAGAGUCGCUGUUCUGUGUAAUUAAUUUCUAAAGUUUGUCCACAGCUCCAUAGGGAUUGCUGGCGGAGGCGGAAUUUAUGACCUACAGUAUACUGCAGCCAGUCAACAGAGAGUGCUGUUUUCGGAGUGGCUUCACCCAGCGAGGACGCAGACACUGUCUAUUCUACAUAUAGUCUAUGGUCCAACUAUAUUAUCAACCGAACUCCCUGAAUUUUUAUCCGAUUUUCACACAAAUUAUUAUUUUAAAUACAGCAGAGAUGUAACUACAUGAUACAGUACGCUGUCACAGAUUAAAAAUAAUAAAAAUUACGUUUAAUUUCUCUUGUGAAAUAUAAUCUUCGUCAUUUGGUUUCAACAUUGCGUCAGUUUUCUCAACCGUAGGGUACACAAAAUACGGGCAUAGUUGCUCAUUCUCUCUUGACUCCAUUGCGAGCCAAGCGUGAGUAGACCUUUCCAAUAUGGCGGCGACUCCGGAUUAUACGCUAACACGUAAUGAGGCGUCUACGCACAAUAUGUCUAUGGCACUCAGUACCGGGUACGCUUCUAGACCUGUCAUUGGACGGAGCGCUGUCAGUUCUGAGGCGUGUUCGUCAAAGUCAGCCAAUCAGCUCACGCGUUGUUGCCCGGUACGCCGGUUCGCCGGUCCGUUUGCAGCUGGGAAAAGGGGAAGCCAGUGGCCGAGGUCGGAGGAAGGCAGCAUCGGCGGCGCGGUGCGGUGCUAUGGACCUCAGGGACAAUGUCGAGACAGGGGAGACAGAAAACCAGCAGGAGAUGUUCUACAUGCCAAUCCCUGAUGAAGCGCCGUGCAAGAAGGAGCAGGAGAAGCUGUCCGGGGUCGUCAAAAACGUUCACAGAAAACUGCGCAGGAAAUACAGAGAGGGUAAGCAGCUGCGGUGGGCCCCUCUCUCUUUCUCUGUGGCCCUGCAACCGAUGAGCUAACUGACUUACAGCUCAGACAUACAAAAACAAAGUCAUUUUUAUUGACAUGAAUGUGGCACAGACAGUGUACUUUGCUCGCUAACAUUAGCCUUAAAGCUAACUGUGCAGCUUUACUGCAGACCACAGUUCAGGUUACACUCAGCAAGCGAGGCCUUUAAAACUGCUGCAACAAUAACACUAGACAUACUGCAACUUUUACUCCUGUUUUUGAACAUGUAGGGGUAAAUAAGAGUUAUCUCUGUGAAACCAGUCAACUGACAACAGAGUCAUUAAUAGGUAACUAAUGUGAGAUACUACCAAAGCCUGUCGGCUGAUAAUGAAGGACUUUCUAUCACCUCUCUGUGGGCUCAGCAAACAGUAGGUGCAACUUUUGCAACCAAAUUGGCUUUAUGUUGAAUAUAUUUGAGUUGUUGCAUGAGAUAAAGGUCUAUAAAGAAGUCGAGAUACACUAAUGGGGAUUGUACAGACACUGUCUUAUACAUAGUAAAGACAUGAGACUGAAGCUUGCAUGAGUGAAUUUAAACUGAGGGGAUGGUUAGGGCUGUGCAAUAUUGACAGAAAUUAAAACAAAACAACAGAAGAAAAUAAAUAAAUAAAUUUGCAGUUAAUGAUUAUUGAUGACAUUUGCAUCCCUCAACAAAGUUUCAAACACAAAAAUAUGUUCAACAUCUUGCAGGGUUUGGUGCUGGAAAUCCGGCGUGGCGUAGCGUGGCACAAUUUUUUUUUUUUUUUUACACCCAUGUAAACCGGGACAGCAUGUACGCAUUGCUGAUUUCUACCCAGAAAGCAGGGGGUACAGAUACGAGGAAAUAUGAUCUUGUAGCAUGGCAACAGUGGAGGAGGCUACCAGAGUGCUUGGAGGUUCGUAAAGAGACAGUGGCUAAAAUGAAGUGUUUCAGUCAGAAGCUGAAUUGACUUUUUUCAGAAACACCAGCCUGGAAUAGAUUAAGAAUUUUUUUUUAGCUCUAAAUUAUGAACCUCAGUCGGGUCAAAAACUGACUCUUCAUAUGCCUCUGUAGGGACGAUUUUCUUCUGCUUUUACAAUUUGAGGAAGUACAAAAAAAAAAACUUCGGAUAAAGAUCAGAUGACACUGAAUCCUGUGAAGUGAUUUCUCAUACAAAAAGUGUAUCAGAGAGAUUCUUUUGGCCUAUAAUAGAUCAAUAUUCGUGCUUAAGUACUUGCAAAUAAAAUUGGCAAGAACCUAAAAUUCCUGCACUGAUCAGAAAAAUUACUGAAAGCAGGUUAGUGAUUCAAAAAGAGCUUAUAGAUCUGUAAUAUCAGGGUUGUAUAUCCACAAAUGUCCAGUUUCUGUCCUGGCAGCAAUCAUUUUUUAUCUCUUUUCUGUUAUGAGUCAACUUGCAUGAUGUAAACUGGGAAGUUUGGAAAAACCCUUUCGCAAUACUAAGCACUGACAUAUGACAUCUGAGCAGCAGUCUGAGUGAAUUUGAAGAAAUAAACAUUGUUAUACUAAAGCUCUUAGACAAAUGUAUAUUUUAGCUCUGAGCCAUUUUAAGUAGAGGACUGAUCGUAGAUGUAGUUGUGGUCGGUCCAGUUCUUCUAGGAAACUAAAAAUACUUACACAUACUCUUUUCAGGGAAAUGUUAAGUCCUACUAGAAAAGAGAAAAUUUCAAACGAGCAGGUGCCAAGUGUUUAUUCUGUGAAAAGAGACCUGGCAUUUAUUCAUCAUUAUCUAACUGUGGAGGAGCAAUGUCCAGGUUCUAACUUGUUUUUUAACAUCGCAGUGAUAAAAGUUACAAUCCUUAUGGCUUAAAAUGUAUCUGUUAGGAAUAAAAAAAUAUAGCUUUUGUAAUAUUUCUGCCUACGGUCUAAAUGUUAACAGCAAAAAAAAGAAAACCUUGCUUCAGUCAGCCUGUAAUGGUUGGAAAAUAAACCAGAAAAACAACACCUGAGUAGUUUCAGAUAUGUGUUUGUGCUUUAGUAAUCACUGAAGUUCAAAAGUCAGAAAGGGGAAAAAAUGUUGUUUUUUGUCCAAGCUCUGUGCUUCUUUUUGGUUUUACAAAAACCUGCAUGAUCCUGUGUGUUGGAUCAAGUCGUGUUUUGAAUAAACUAUUUACAGUCUGGUAACGUUAUGUCUCUAACAGACAAUCAGGUUGUUUCAGAGUCCAGAGCAGCACAGAGGAGCCGUCGUGCGAGCAGACCUCAUGAUUGGUUAAUAAGUAAAGCAUGAUCUGGAAGGCUUGGCAUUGAAUCACAGCAGUCAUGCCUCCAGUGCGCUGCUGUUUACCACCGCUCCUGUUGUUGUGCUUUCAUUUCUGUAAAAUCUGAUAAAGAGUUUUCCCUUGUGGUCAUGGGAUUUCUCCCUCAGCAGCCUGUUUGCCUUUGCUACGGGCCAUAAACUUCUCAGUAGCUGCAGAGAUGUGCUAAAGGGAUUUUUACGUGUUGAUUACAAUGAUAGAGAAACAGUUUGCCUACUGUGCUGGCAGAGAUGAGUAAACAUGACUGAGAGUGUUUUUGAAGCUGUUUUCUUCAAGGCGUGCUGUCCAAAGGUGGCGAGUAAGUUUUUGGAUAUUUUUGGCUCUUUUUGAAAACCUCUAUUGACUCCUCCAGGCUGUGAGAUCUGUCAUUUACUUUCUGUGUUGCUUUUUUGUUCCUUCGCUCUGUCCUGAUUUUUUUCCAUUUGUCUUCCCAGUGGGUGACUUUGACAAGAUCUGGCGUGAGCACUGUGAGGACGAGCAGACACUGAGUGAGUAUGCCCUCGCCAUGAAGAAUCUCGCAGACAACCACUGGACCAAAAACUGUGAAGGAGAGGGACGCAUCGAAUGGUGUCGCAGGUACAGUUUGACUUCAGAUGUCUUCAAACUGCAGGUUUAGGGUGUGCUCUUUUCACUUUCACGGUAAGGUUUGUUUGUUUUUUUCUUUUUCACAGUGUCUGUCAAGAAUAUUUCUUGGAUGGUGGGAUGAAGAGAAUGUUAGAAAAGGAUGAGAAAAGUGCAGCACUUGCCAUGGGGCUGACUGCAGCGUCUGUGAGUACCCAGCCACACACCACCAUCCCCAGGUAAGCUCCACUCUGAAAUUUCUUCUGUACUAAACACAAGUCCUAGAAUUUCUCUUACAAAUCCUAACUACAUACUGGGUCUGCAAAAUGUAUACCACAAUUUCAUCUGUACUGCUGUACGGUUUGGAAACUAGAAAGUUCAACUUUCCUAUUUAACAAUAAUGGAAAGUGAAACUUCACUGCCGUUUGAAUUUGGGUUACAAUUUUAUCUCAACAAAACACAAGCAGGUUUUUUCUUAAAUUUGUUUCUUCUGUUUUCUGCUUGAGAUAUACAUUCAUUUGUACAUAUAUUUAAAUGUAUAUAGUGAAAAAUAAUUGUCUCUUUUGUAAUCUGUGACUUUUUCUUUGACAAAACAAAAUUUUGCUUUUAUUCUUAACACACUUUGUUUAGCCCUGUGCAAACAAAACUGACACCAGGCCUGCACCGUGCUUAAAAAACAGUACUAUGUACGAUAACAUUGUUCAGAAUUGGGAAACAGUAUAAAGUGUAAUAAAUGGACAAAUACUAAAGAGUUCAUGCUAAAAUAUUUCACUUUAUACUGACUCUGUUGAUCUUUUUGCUUUAUAAAAUACCUUUUUUUGCAACAUGGUUCUCCUUAAUCAGACAUUCAGAAAACAUUAUUAUCAUCUUGAAAUGAUCUCCAACUACUCUGAGGUCAGCUGACAGCUAUCAAACAGGCAAACUGUACAAGCUGAGUGAGAAUACAUUAAUUGUAUCCACUGAUUUAGUUCUUUGAUUUAUUGUGAUGAAUUAAGAAUUUGAGUUGUGUAUAUUGCUAAUGCUCAUAAUAAAUCUGGAGAGGUUUCUGAAAGAGUUAAAAUAAAACUUAAAAUUACUACAGAUCGCAGAGAAAAUGACUGGAAUAACAUUUUUUGCCGUUUCUGAAAGGCGUGAAAAUUUGCUAUUUAAACACUUCAGCGGCAUCAUAAACUAUUCAGACGACACACUUCCUAUCCUCAUGUAAAUGAAAGUGUAUGAGUGGAAAGAGACAGGUGAAAAUACUCAGAUUGAUUUGCCUUUAACACUUUUCAUGCUGCAAAAUACGAGAUGUUUUCUAUUUGGGCUUAUUUUGGCCAUGCUUAAAAAAGAUUUUUAAUUAAGUGUCUGUAAUAAAAUCCCAUUAUGAAAGUAACAGCCUACAUCUGUAUUUAUCAUUCUUGUGCCUAUAAUAAUAUAGUAAUUCUAUACGUACAUUAAAGAUGAAUAUUAUUGCUAAUACUGAAUUAUGGUGUUUUUUCUUUCUUGCUUUUUUAACAUCCUCCUUGUAACUCAUGUUUAAAACUCAGCCAGAAUUUAGUAUGGGCAUCUUGAACCUUAUUGUACACAUGCUUUAUGAUACAGACCAGCAUAAUAGGUCUCCUUUUGCAUGCAAUGUCGUCUGUUUUUGUUGGAGAGAGAAAUAUGAAAUAUCUCUUUGUAUUUUUAAAAGAGUGUGAAUGUUACCAAACAGAGUCACCCUUGGAUCAAGUUUUGGCAUCUUUGCACGUUGGGUCUAAACUGCACUGUUAGCACUGACAUUUUACCCACAUUUGUUUUGUAGCUCAAUCUCUCAGCUGGGAAAAAUGCGCCUUCUAGAUGUGGGAAGUUGCUUCAACCCUUUUCUGAAGUUUGACGAGUUCCUCACAGUCGGUAUUGACAUAGUGCCUGCAGUUGAGGUAUGAAUCCUUUUUUUUUAAUUCUGUUGAUGUUUUUCCUGUUUGGUAACUCACUGUUGGUGUGAUAGAGCAAAUGCAAAACUUGAAAUGAAUCAUGCUGCGGCAUCAGUCUCGUGGUUUGACGGUCUGUGUGAGCAAAUGCAGCAGAAAGCGGAACAAAGAGCGGCUUUUAAUCUGCAGCUGCAAGAAGAGAAACGUCUUGUGUGCAAAGAAAAACUCAAGUUCAAGGAGAGAGCACAGAAAACUCCCCUUCAACCACUUGAAAGUGCUGACUCUGCAUAUUUUCCCCCUCUGCAGAGUGUGUACAAGUGCGACUUCCUCAACCUUCAGCUUCAGCAGCCUCUACAGUUGGCAGGCGACGCGGUCGAAGCUUUCCUCCGCCAGCUUCAGAACCCUAUCGACACACUGCCUUCCCAGCUGUUCCAUGUGGUGGUCUUCUCCCUGCUCCUCUCUUACUUCCCCUCACCAUAUCAGCGCUGGAUCUGCUGCAAAAAGGCCCACGAGCUGCUGGAGCUGCACGGCCUGCUGCUCAUCAUCACACCCGACUCUUCCCACCAAAACCGCCAUGCCCUCAUGAUGCGCAGCUGGCGCGUAGCCGUCGAGUCCCUCGGCUUCAAGCGCUACAAGUACAUCAAGUAUUCUCACAUGCAUCUCAUCGCCUUCCGUAAGGUCUGUCUGGCCACCACCAGCGAUCUGGUGUCACGCAAUUACCCUGAGAUGCUCUACAUCCCUCAGGACUUUCACUCCAACGAGGAGGAGGAGUGUGCUGAUGUGCCCGUGCAGGUGCGCUCCGAGUUUGAGGAGGACCAGCUGGCUUGGGGCUUCACGGAGCUACCUGACACGCCCUACGAUUCAGAUUCUGGGGAGAGCCAGAGCAGUUCAGUGCCUGGCUUCCAUGAGCUAGAAGACCCCAUCCUGCUGCAGAGCUAGGCUAAACCAGCAACCCCCCCGUCUCUGCGCCUCCUCCUCCUUACCCCCCUUCUCUACCAAACUGUCACUUCCCCUUCAACUGCUGCGCUGCCAAAUUUAACCUGCUGCAUUCUUCUCCCUCUUCUCCCCCGUCUCCUCUAACUAAUGCAGUUUGCACAGUGUGAAAGAGCAAAGUUUACAGAUUAUUUUCUCAAAUCCACACUCCUCUGUGAGUACACACACACAGACACGCACACAGAUACACAUAACACACACUAAGAUGGAUAUAUUUUGAUAAAUAUCUAGGUUUUUUAAAGUUGGAAAGCGAAUGCCCUUAAGAUUUCGAGACUCCCUUCUCCUUGAUUUCAAUCCCAUCUUCCAAACAGCACUCAGCAUCAAAAGUCAGCUUGUCUACAUCCUGUACUCUAUUUGAAUAAGCUAGUGUGGCGGGCGGAUAAGUACAAAAGACAAAUGCAUACAUCAACCAGAGCAGAGUGACAGGAGUGUGAUUGCACUGGAGAGACUGAGGUGAGACUGAGAUGACUGGACUGGUACGCUUGCUUCUGUCACAGCCAUGCAGCUCGACUUUGUGAAACCUCUCGAUGUGCAUUUAGUUUUCCAACACAACAACAAAAACAACAACAACAACAAGAAAAGAUAUUCAUGCUUUUGAAAUUCAUAUUCUCAACAGUUAAAACAUUGGUGUCGUCCAGUGUUGAGUGUGGCAGUGCCAUUUUUAAUAUGGUAUCAACUGAAUGAUUUGUGUAUCUUUUACAAGAAAGUGGUAUUUGUAGCAUUUUAAACAUUUUCAGAACCAUACAGUAGGAGUAUUACUGGUUUACUAAUGUGAAACUGUAACUGUGUUGAUUCAUGUGUAACAAGGUACGAGUGUUUCAAAGUAGGUAUUACCCUUUUCCCUCCUCGUUGUCUUUGCAGAUAUUAAUACUGAAUGAUCUCCUGUUGAAUUUAAGAUACUUUUUUUUUCUCAGGCAGAAAAACGUUCAACACUGCAAGUCAGUGACCCUUAUCAAAUUUAAUUUACAGCAUCGGUAUCCUUCACAUUCAUUUUGUAACUGUGAUGUGAAGACCUAUUGAGUAUCCUGCCUCCAAAAUGAUCCGAGCUCCUAACAGUGAGAAAAUUCACCUCCACUAAAGAGAUUUGCACUAAUUUAUUGUUUUUUUUGUCAUACUGAACCUCCAAAACAGGUGACAAUCUAGAUUUUAGCAAUACAAGCGAGACUAUAUCUGGAGAUACUGAAUCUAACAUGGGGGAGAUUUUAGCUAAAGACACUACCUGGUGAUUUUCAAGAGUGUGUUUCUGCUUGUCACUGAACAGGCUGAAUGUGUGGCUGUGGUUGGGUUUGUAGGUGUGAAUGAAGGAAUGAAUUGUCGAUGUGUUUUUAAUCAGUGGCACUUUAUAAUUGAACCCAAAGGGUGCCACAAAAUGUAAUUAUUUUCCUGUGAUGACUAUUUCACAAACAAGCGUAGGGGCCCACAAAAUAACAGGAGAAAGUAUAAGGUGCCUUCUGUGUUCUUAUCUACUGUAUGAUGUGAGUAGACUGUCAUGAGCCUGGAGAAAAUGAAACUCACACCUUUUUAACAAAAUAAUAUCGAGCUUCUUUGGCCAAACAAUCCACACAAACUACCACUUCUCUGUAAUGUCAUCGAAAUGGACAACAAGAUACAUUUCCUGUUUUGAUGUUGCGCAGUGUGUUGUUGCCAUUCCCAUAUCAUUUUCCAGUUAACCUUUCUCUCUGCUGAUAUCUCCUCUCUGUUCACAGGACAAAAGAAAAUAUUUCACAGUACCACACAUAUUCAGACUUUGAAGAAGCGUGUUUUGUGAUUAAAUGGUGCAUUUGUCUUCCAGUGUUUCUUCUGGCCCAUUUGCAUGAAAUGGUUCAUCUACAUUAUCAACAUUUUCAUCAAUUCAGAACAAUGUGUGCUUAUAGUAUGGUUGUAUUUCUCUUUUAUAAAUGAAUGUAAAUGCUAAGUGUCU